CAUGGGAUAAAAAUAGACGUGAUUUACAUGGCGGAACGAACUUCGAAGAUCCAGUGCAGUGUGGUACCGGUUUGGCUAAACUAACCGUGUGAUUUUCAUAAAUAUUAAGCAGUCGGUCAAAGGUUUGGGUCUGAUACUUGAUAAAUCCAAUAUGGAGGGUCGAGGGGAGUUUGGAUAUGGAUCCACGGGCGCAAGAAGCGACCAAGGAGGAGGCCCUGGUGAUUUUGCAACCCUUAUGAACAUGUGCAGCAGUAGUAUAUUCAAAAUCAACAGCAGUAUAUCCUUACUUGAAAAGGCAAUCAGGCAGAUUGGUACACCCAGCGAUAAUAAUAUACUUAGAGGUAAAAUACAGCAGAUGUUAACUCAAACCAAUACCGCCAUUUCUCAAACCAAACAAUGUAUGUCACAACUUGGUCACGCAGCAAAAACAUUGGAAAAGCAAAAGAAGAUUCAGUUUGAGAGGAUAGCAAACGACUUUCACGACACCGUGCAGAGAUAUGGCAGUGUACAAAAGAGAGUGGCCAACAAGAUGAGGUCAAGUCCGAGCGUACGGCCGCAGAGUCAAAGCCAGGGGACAAUGGGUUUUGGAGAGCAGGGGAACGACUAUGACCAGAAGACGCCGCUUUUAUCGGAAGAAGAGGAGGAGAAGAGGAGACAGAUGCAGAUUCAAAUGCAGCAGCAGGAUUCGGCAAUCGAUUAUGAUCUAACGUUAAUACAGGAACGAGAAGAACAGAUCAGGCAGAUUGAGGCAACCAUGUUAGAUGUGAACGAGAUAUUCAAAGACCUGAGUAUGAUGGUAUCAGAACAAGGCGAUAUGAUCGAUUCUAUUGAGGCCAAUGUAGACAGAGCGGGUGAUAACGUAGAGGAGGGAGGGAAACAACUAGCGACUGCCAGCAAAUAUCAGAAAAAGGCAAGACGGAAAAUGUGCUGCAUCUUCUGUAUAGUUGCCACAGUAGCCAUCAUAGUGAUCGUUGUCUUGGUCGUAGUUUUGAAGUAAUGUGGGUAAAAAUACAUUUUAUUUAAAAAGCAUGAUGACUAUUUUUUCCACAUUAAAUCAUUGAAUAAUAAAGGGGCACAGUGUAGUAAAUCCAUUAAACAUGACCUCUUGUGUAUUAAACCAGGGGGUGUUUCACAAAGAUCCUAAGUUGAACUUAUCUCUAAGUUGUACUUAACAAUUAUGGAAAGCCGUUAAC